AUGACAGAGAAUACGCGUCUCCAAAUAUUGCAAGCUGCAAUUUCUCAUUUAACCGAGCAAUCGGAUGGCUACAUCGAGCAAUUCGCCUCUCUCACACAACGAAUUGGUUCGUUACAGGAGCAGUUCGCCCAGCACUUGGCGGAAUCCCCGAGACGCGGAUCGUCCUCCCCUGUCUUUGGCCACCCUCGGCAGAUGAAAGUGGACUUCCCUCGUUUCUCUGGCGCGGAGGAUGUCUCCCAAUGGAUCUAUCGCGUGGAACGCUUCUUCCGGAUCUAUGAUAUCCCGGAGGACCAACGAUUGGAUCUGGUGGCCGUCAAUUUGGAGGGUCGGGCCCUUGCUUGGUUUCAGAUGUGGGAGAGACUCGAACCUAUGACUGAUUGGCUUGCCAUCUCCACUGCCUUGCAAAUGCAAUUCGGACCGUCCCAUUUUGAAAACCCCCGAGAGGAGCUACUGAAAUUGAAACAAUCCACCACGGUGAAUGUUUACUUUGAAUCCUUUAACGACCUAGCCGCCCGUGCAUAUGGCUUAAAUGAUGCUUUGCUUCUGGAUUGCUUUGUGGGUGGUCUUCAUCCGGAACUGAAACGGGAGGUGAAAGCCCACUCACCGAUCUCUUUGUUGCAAGCGGUUUCUCUUGCCAAAUUGUUCGAGGAAAAGUUUCUGCCCCACACCCAAUGCUGGCGUUCUGCCGUUGCUUAG